GUGGGCGGCCCCGUGUGGCAGGAGGAGAGAGAAACACGACACCCCGGCGGAGCGCGCAGAGAGAAGGGGGGUCGACACCGCGAGGAGAGAGUGGAAAAAGAAAAGUCUUGCGGAGAAAGCGGAGUUGGCGACUUGGUUCGGGCACUUUUGUUCAUUUGCGCGGAGCUUUCUCGGUGUUUGCAGCCGGAGAAGAGGAGGAUGUUGAGGCGGAUGGAGCGACCAUGCGACAUCGCUACAACAAAGUGGACGGACGCGUAGACUGGCUGCAUUCCGCUGCUCCAAAACAGACCCAAACUUCGCCCACCUCCCAGCGCCAUUCAAACCCCAACGAGUGGACUUCCCCCCGGACAACUUUUCUCGCCACACGCCCCUCUCCCACGAGCCAGUGCCGCUGCGUAAAACUUUUCCAAACACGCGUGGAUGUGCGCUGGUGGUAAAAGGAACUCCCACGCUGAGUUAGUUGUUACAAAGUGGUAGUUUUCAAAGGCAGCGAGGAGGAGGAGGAGGAGGACGCACGGUGCCGCGGCUAGUAGCAGCUAGAGCGCAAACUAAAGUUACCGAUCCAGACCUCGGAGGGGAAAAGUGCCUGAAGCGAGCGGACGAAGAAAGCGAGAAAGAUGAAAACCCCGGCAGAUUCGGGGUUUGCGUUCCCAGAAUGGGCCUACAAACCUGAGUCCAGCCCCGGCUCCAGGCAGAUCCAGCUGUGGCACUUCAUCCUGGAGCUGCUGAGGAAGGAGGAGUACCACGAGGUGAUCGCCUGGCAGGGGGACUACGGCGAGUUCGUCAUCAAAGACCCCGACGAGGUGGCCCGUCUGUGGGGGGCGCGCAAGUGCAAGCCCCAAAUGAACUACGACAAACUCAGCAGAGCUCUCAGAUAUUACUACAACAAAAGGAUCCUCCACAAAACCAAGGGCAAAAGGUUCACCUACAAAUUCAAUUUCAACAAACUGGUGCUGGUCAACUACCCCUUCAUCAGCAUGGACUCAGGUCGAGGUGUCCCCCAAAGCGCACCUCCCGUCCCCUCCGGAGGCACCCACUUCCGCUUCCCGCCCUCCACCCCCUCAGACGUGCUCUCGUCCAGCGAAGAGCUGCGCAGCCCGGGCAUGUACAGCGCAGUCAGCCGGCGCAUGGCACGGGGGUCUGUGAGCGACUGCAGCGACGGCACCUCCACCAACUCCGAGCUGGAGGAGGCCGGGGCGGAGGAGCGGGGCGGCGGGGGUCCAGAUCGCGCGUACCGAGGCCUGCUCCCGCCGCGCCUCCCUCACGAUUCUCUCUUCAGAGUCUUCGGAGGAGGACCUGGAGGACUGGCCAGACCGACCCCGCGAGUCCACCCCGAUCCGCUGUCUCCCUUCCCGGUCUCGCCUCUCCCCGGGCCGGGUCUCCUGCCUCCGCUGUCCCCCGCGAUGUCCAUGACCCCGACGCCCCAUCUCCCCUUCACCCCGUCCCCCUCCCUGCCCUCCCCGCUCAUGGGCUCCCACUUUUCAUUCAACGCGGAAGAUAUGAAUCAUUACCUGCAAGCGCAUAAUCAGUCCGUGUACAACUACCACCUGAGCCCGCGCGCUUUCCUGCCCUACCCCAACAUCAUAGUCCCCCAGCCCCACAGACCCACCCCGGACAAGCCCUCCCUCCUCCACGGACCGCCCCUGGGCCUGUCUCACUCCCUGGGGCAGCAGAUCGGGGCGACCGACGAGUUUAAGUUCAAGCUGCAGCCCCCGCCUCUCGGGAGAAAGCACAGGGAAACAGGAAGUACCCCGGCUGCUUCCUCCUCCUCAUCAUCGUUGUCUGGGUUUUCAGGGUCCAGCCAGACUCUGAGUAACCCCAGCCUGUCUGUGGGACCACCCAAGAUCAAGGUGGAGCGGAUCUCGGACGUGGAGUCAGACGAGGAGGUGGAGGUGACUGACAUCAGCGAGGAGGACGACGACAUGAAUCACCACAACGACGGGGGGGAGGACGACGACGACGAGGGCGACAUCUUCACACCUCUGUCUCGCCACCGCUUCCUCCAUCACCACGGCAACGGGACAGCCGGAAGGUUCCUCGGUCGCCACGGCAGCAACGGGACCACGAGGACCGGCACCCCGCCUCCGCCGCCCGCUCCUCCGGCGGACGAUGACGACGACGAGGAUGUGUUCAAGACCCCCGCCACACCUCCCCCCGGGACCAUGCCGUUCCCCCUGCUCAGCCUGAAAGCAGAGCCGGGGCAAAGCAACAGCGCCCCCAUCAGCCCUGGAGGAACGCGCUGCAUCCCGCUCAAACUGAGGUUCAAGCGACGCUGGAGCGAAGACCAAAAGACCGAGGUGGACGGUCGAGAUGGUGAGAGGGACGGCGAGGCAGAGGAUAAGAAAGUGCGCGCCGACGGAGAGGAGGGCAUGGAGGAGGAUCAGAGGGCGGCAGAGGAGGAGCCUGUGCCCGCACGAGGAGCAGUCAUCCUGGGCUUGACUCUCCCGCCUCCCCCUGCCCAGCGCCGGGGCAGCUCAGAGCUCCAGAGGGCAACUGCUCAACUAUCCCUGGAAAACCCGACCUGCUGAGACCUGGUGACGCAUAGAUACGAAAGACCUACCGGCUUCUUGUUGACGCAGACCAUAGACGGCGAGAUCGUAGCAAGUUUUAGCCAAUCACAAUCCACAAUUACAAGUAAAGUUAUAGUGUAUUUUUGUAUAUUAAUAGUGGCUUCUUAAUGAGCAUAUAGCAGACCAAGCAUCUAUUUUUACUUGUUAAUAAUUUUUAUAACCAUAUUUUAUCCCAAAGUUUGUAAAAUGAGCCGUAAAGUGGGCAUUUUUACCAGAUAAAUCACUAUUAAAUCUACCCUUUUUGCUAUUAAACAUCAGGAUGCAAGGGUAUUUUAUUCCGCUUAAACAGGCAAUUUCCAAAGCACAAUUUGUAUAUAUAAAGUAAAAAAUAUUAUGUACACUCCCCCUUCAUGAUGACGGCAUUAAAAAAUUCUUAAAAAUGCAUAUUAGAGUUUCAGUAUUAGCGUUAGUUUUGGAGUUUGUCAGUGUUUGAAUCCUGGCCUGUUCUGUCAACAAGCGGCUCCGAGUUUUUGUGAUCUAUGUGGAGAAAGCGAACCAGUGCCUGCAUCGCCUCCGAAACAACGGAUACAAUUAAAGAAAAACUAUAAAUCAACUUGCAAAAACACACAAAAACAGAAAAGGCAAACUACACCGGCCCUUCUCCGUCAGUGAAGACUUGUAAAGAGCUUUGGGAUUCAUUCACACUGCCUUUUUUCGAAGUCUGCCGGUGCCAGUUUAGGCUGCCAGGCUCUUACAUCUCACCAUGUGCCCAGAAUAUGUUUUAGCACGAUCUCCUGGCAGCGAGCGAGCAUUGUUACUAAAAUACCAAUCGCUUUGUUUGGACGACGUGUACAGCGCAAAUUGUCACCACCGAGGCGCCUCUUUGCUUUGAUUUCCACUUUGUUUAAUGCUCAAAAUCCUGCUUAAAGGGCCCGUGUUACGCUAUUUUCUGAUCUGUGUUCUAGCAUUGUUUCCUCGUCAAAAACAGACCCGGAGUUGUGUUUCGUUUCGUUCGCUCACGUUUAACACGCAAAUCCUGCAUAUUUAGGAGUUCUUCUCUCAACCUAGAAACUCCACACACCUUCUCUAGAAUAAUUUGGAUGAUUUAAACCCAGAAAUCGCCAAUCUCCACUGAACUAGAGAUAAAAAGUAGCUGUUAAGUUUGUAAUUUUGAGUUUCAGAUGUAGUCAGACUAAUAAUUAGGGCUGGAUAUCAUUAAGAAUUUGCCGAUAUGAUACAUACCUAGAUACAUAGGCCACGAUACGAUACAUAUCACGAUACGGAGCGCUUUCGGUUCAAUAAGGUAUAUUUCAAGGCAAGUUUAUUUGUAUAGCACAAUUCGUACACAAAGUCAUUCUAAGUGCUUUACAGAUCAAGAAAUACAUUAAAAUCACAAUAAAAACAAAUCAGAACAUAAAUAAUCAUAGUAAAAUUAAAGAUUGAAAUUAAAAGAGAGAGAGAGAGACAUUUCAAAUCAAUUCGAUACAGUUCAGUAAAAAAGAGAAAAGCUAAAUCAUGGCUGUGAUGCUAAAAAUCUUUGUUAAGUCACUUUUUGUGCAAAGUUAAUAUGAAAAUUUUUUAUCAUUUUAAUCAUCAAAACUGAAAAUGUCGUAUGUGUUGCGUAGAUGGUUUUCUUUCCACUAAACAAGAAGCAAAACUGUAGCGCUGUAACAAAAUAAUUUAGUUAAAUAUACCAAAAAGUACUCGGUAUGGCGAUAUAUCGAUACAGCAGCUCACAAUAACAAUCCUGUAUCAUCACAUUAAAUUAUACAAUAUACCGAUAUUUCCGAUAUUUUGAUAUUUUUGCACACACCUACUAAUAAUGCAGGAUUACUCAAACGUGUGAAUGAAAAUAAACACAACUCCAGGUUUCUUUUUGACGAGGAAACAACAUUAUAAGCUCACAAGAGUCAAUUUUGUGUAAUAUAGGACCAAAAUCUUGCUUAAAAGGCACACUGUGUAACUUUUUUUGAUUGUCUCCAUGGAGAUGUUUUUGCUUUGCCUGAAAUGUUUCAUAGUAUGGCAUUAGACUCUGUUCAAUCACAAGGCUUAUGUGGUAUGACUAAGGAAACACGCAUUUUUGCCGUAAGUUGGAUUGCCUUUCCACAGAUCAGACCUGUAAACUUGAAGUAAUGUUGCCAGCUACUUGUCUACAUGAUUAUUUCAAUGCCAUACCCUGGAACAUUCCCGGUGUAGCAAUAAAAUCUACAUCGAGAUGGCCAGAAAUGUUACAUAGCGCGUCUUUCUUCAUCCGUUUUUUAUUGGCCCAUUUAUAGAAGUGCCUGCCUUCUCACGCAGUCAAUUUUAUCAUCUGCCGAACUUGUAAUUUCUUUCCUGGAAAUAUCUGAAAGACUCUCUCAAGUGAGACAAAAUGAUCCUAUCUUCUCACCCACACUACAUUGUACAAAGAGACAUUAAAAGCAGCCGUGUUUGUACAAAGAUGAAGUCGGAACUUUGAAAUACUGACAUUUGUUAACCAGCGAAUGGACUUAAAGUUGCUAUAUUGUACAGAUAAUCAAAUGUUUUGCUCGUGGAGAGGGCGCGAAACACAACAGGAGGCUCGAAAUUAGGAAGAGGAAAACUGCCAAGACUGCUAUUAGUCCUUGUUUGAACUGUCACAGAUCCAGCGAGGAGGAGUGAAUACAACCCAACGCAGAAGACACCGCUCAUUCCCUUUUGUUUAGCUUAAAAGACGCUAAAACCGUGCCUCUUUUUGACUUGCACCCUCGGUAUGUAUUAAUAUUAUUAUUAUUAUUCUUAAGGGCAUUUGCGGUGAUGUAUUUUGUUUUUUUUUCGUUCGUAUAUAUAUCAUAUCGAGAUGCGAAAUUUCUCUGGAGCAUUGUAAAACGAAUGUUGAGCAUCGAGGUUAACUCAGGCGAAACCUUUACUGAGAAGAAUCGACUUAUUUUUAUGUGUUAUUUUACAAAAGAAACCCCAUUUUAAGCAUAUAUAUAUAUUAAAAAAAUGGUGCCUUUUUAAACGCCAAUGCUUUCUCUAGUUACCCCCCUGCAAAGUUCACACUACAGCCGUCAUGCCUUCAGUCUUUUAUAAGAAAACCUACAGAAUUACACUUAUAUAUUUUCUUCAAAUAUAUAUAGAAGUCAAAUGUUAUAUUUCAGUACGGAUUUGAUACAAGAAAUCAGGAAGAUGCUAUUUUUAAUGGUAAAGAUUUGUAAAUAUUAUAACGGGCAUAUUAUAAGCAGUAUCUCCUGCCUUAGUAUUUCACCCUAGCCUUCUUAUUCUUGAGCUAUCUUUAUGUAAAAUAAUGAUCUCUUCAGGGGAACAUCUACGAAAAUCUUGGGUCAAAAUUGUACCUUUUUUUUUUUUUUUGCUUUGGUGGGUUGACAUUGGUCCAAAGACAGUGCCAGUAAACAUUUUUAUUAUCAAGUCUUUUCUUUCUUUGCACUUGCUUUGUACUGCGAUUUUGGAUUUUCGCCCUGUUGUAAAACUAUUCACUGUUUUGACCCAAAUAUAGGAGGGAUGCUGCAACAAAGUGACAUUUUAUGAUGAUUUUUUUAAUGGAAUCAAACGCGUUAAAGGUUCCUUCUCUCAUGCUUUGCCAAGGAGGUUUCGCAAUUUGGCGUUAAAAUGAUCUAUCUCCAUGGCAACAAGCAGAUAACGCCACUAUAAACACCUAAAAUUUAAAAGAUAAGACCAGAAAGAUAAGUUUAAUGUCACACUGUGGAACAUUCCUGGCAAAAUGACAACCCUAUCUCGAAGAAGACAACAUUUAUAACCUGUUUUAACUUUUGGUUCUAUGGAUAUGUUGUUUCUAUGCCUAAAAUGUUCCACAGUAUAGCAUUAAACAGAUCUACCUUGCAUUUAUUCAAUUACAGGUGGUUUUAUAGCUCAAAAAUACCUUGGAAAAACAGGAAUUCUGACUGUGAGCGGGGUUGUCUCUCCACAGAUCUGACCUGUAACGUGAUCUGGUUUGGUCUCCAUGACGAUAGAAAGGUUUAAUGCCAUUCUGUAAUCAACAUCUCCAAAAAUGCAACUACAAAAGAUCCAUAGUAAAUGAUAAACUACGAACUCCACAUCGCCUAUAACCGUCUUUUUUCAAGUUAAUCCUCUUUCUCUGCUGUUUAAAGUCAUAAUGAGUAGAUAGAACCAGAAAAGUUACACAAUGCAGCUUUAAAGUAUCUAACUUGGAUCAACCGUGAACUCUAAAUCACCUAUAACCAUCUUUAUUCAGGCGUAUCCUCUCCUCUGCAGUUUGAAAACGUAAUAACUAGAUACAGCGCACUGGAAAUUACGUCAGAAAAACCUCAUUGCGGGAUAGGGAGACGGGGACUUACCAUAACUACCGCUCUGGUCUGUGCAAGUGGAAAUCUGAUCCUAGAUUUGUGCCAUAGACAUACAUCAUUUAGCAGAGGCCUCCCCACUCCCGGCUUAUUCACAAUCAGAAACCACAGUCCAAGUCAUUAUUAUAUUUAACCUUUUUCACAGUUAUUAAAACUUUCCAUGGUUUAUUGCGAGGGCCUUGUCACUUUAAGCCCUUUAUUUGACUUUAGUUAAUUCAGAAAUAUUAUAAAUUACAAUAAUCUGUACAAUUUGGAUAAUUUUGUUCAAAUUUUUAACCUAACCAGCCAGUAUCAUUAUAGAAGUGACUUUAUGAACUUUUUAUAUACGAAACUGCUAUAUUUUGAGUAGAAAUAAGAGUAAUAAUGCAGUUUAUAUGGUCUAUUUCACUGCUAAUAACUUUAUAAUUGUUUAAUUUGUAUUUUUUUACUCAACAACUGCAGAAUUUAUUAAUACAAAACAUCCAAACAGUUAUUUUUAGUCCAUCACCUAAUUUCUGAAACUGCUUCCUAUAAUUCACGUCAUAAUUAAGUCGGCCUAUAGUUUCUCACUCCUAUCAGCUUUUUCUCUUAAAGGUGCACUGUGUAGCUUUUCUGGUGGGCAGUCUGUUACCACGGAGACACUGUUCCUUUGCCUGAAAUGUCCCACAGUGUAGCAUUAAACUAUCUCACAUGGAUUGAUUCAUAUACAGGUUUUUUGUUUGUUCGUUUGCUACAAAAACCUUGAAGAACACGCGUUAAUGCUUUGAGCAGGGUCGCCUCUCCGUAGAUCUGACCUGUCACUAUGGAGUUUAAUGCUGUAGUGUGGAACAUUCUAGGCAAGGCAAGGGCAGCGUAGCAUUAAACUAUCACACAUGGAUGGAUUCACAUACGGGUUUUUUGUUUGUUCGUUUGCUACAAAAACGUUGAAAAACACGUGUAAAUACUACGAGCAGGGUCGCCUCUCCGCAGAUCUGACCUGUCACUAGGCUGUCUCCAUGGAAAUAUGAGUUUAAUGCUAUACUGUGGAACAUUCUAGGCAAGGGAAGUUUAUUUAUAUAGCAGAAUUCAUACACAGAAAGUAAUUCAAAGUGUUUUCUAGGCAAAGCGAUGACAUCUCCACGGAAACAACUCCAUUUUCUUUCCAUAAAAGGUGCACUGUGUAGCUUUUCUGGGAGGCAGUAUGUUACCACGGAGACGCUGAUCCUUUGCCUGAAAUGUCCCACAACGUAGCAUUAAACUAUCUCGCACGGAUGGAUUCACAUACGGGUUAUUUUGUUUGUUCGUUUGCUACAAAAACGUUGAAAAACACGUGUAAAUACUACGAGCAGGGUCGCCUCUCCGCAGAUCUGACCUGUCACUAGGCUGUCUCCAUGGAAAUAUGAGUUUAAUGCUAUACUGUGGAACAUUCUAAGCAAGGCAAGUUUAUUUGUGUAGCAGAAUUCAUACACAAAGUAAAUCAAAAUGUUUUCUAGGCAAAGUGAUAACAUUUCUAUGGAAACAUCUCAAUUUUCUCUCCAGAAAAGUUACAUAAUACAUCUUUAAAUUGGAAACAACAUGCAUUAGGGAUGUAAGAAAAAAUCUAUUUAGUGAUAUAUCGUGAUACUUCAUUGCACAAUACUCAAAUCGGUUGAAAACUGAAUUCAAAAUCGAUUUUUUAAAUAAUAAUUUUCACUAAACUCAUGAUUUAAAAAGGUAAUAAAUUAUUUUUCAUGAAGGUGUAGUUGAAAAUAUAAGUUAUGAUAAAUUGCAAUAUAUCAUCCAUUGUUUUAUAAAUAUCGCGAUAUAUUGAAUCGUGACUUGUAUAUCGUAAGUAUCGUAUCGUCAGAAGGCAAUGCACACCCCUAAUUUGUAUACCAUUUUCUAAUAUAAAUAUAAUAUAAAUGUUCCAAACUCCAAUUUUAAUUCAAUUCAUGGUCUAAAAUGUCACUUUGUCCCAGUUGCGCCCUCUCAUUGUAUUUCUGUAUACUUUUCAAACAUAUUACUGUUACUAUAUUGUAAUUAUUAUAUUAACUUUUGGAUUAUUUUGUACGCAGCCUCUCCUCCGUGACAUCUUUUCGUAUCGUUUCUUUUCAGUUUUGCACUCAUUGACCCAUUUAAGUUCUUGCUUCGUGUAUUUUUUAACCUGAUUUUAUAACAUUUAUGGAUAAGAGGAGGGUCAUAUUUCCCCGUUAUGUUAAAUACAAGGGGAGAGCAGUUGUUGUUUUAAUUUUUUGGUAUUGUGUAUAUAUAUUUUUUCAUUUUUUGGAGGAUUCUGUAUGAAAAGCCUUGUACUGUUAUACUGUUUAUUAAUAUCCAUUGUAUUUUUUGAAUUGUCUUCUUUGGGUUGUGUCUUCGUUGGGACCUCCUGUUCUUUUAUUUCUCUUCUCUCUGUUCAUCUACAUUUGUAAUUACACAAUAAUCAGGGUUCAUUAAAAAGGUAAACGUUU